AUGACCUUCCAGGAAAAUUCCGAGGACUUUGCGCAGGUCCUAUGCGAGCUAGCGUGCUCUAGGCGCUGCCCUAACCUGGAGUGUUUCAAUGAGCUUGAAAAGGAAGCCUACAUCAAGGCGGUCGCUGAGCUGCUGAGCAAUGAAGAGAAAUCCAAGUGCGAUAGCUAUCUUAUCAGCCAGGAUGAGUUCGAUCAUAAUUUCUUCAAAACAGAUACAAUCACGAACGAAGAACAUAAGGGUGUUGAACAAACACUCUUUACGGAAAAGUUUCUGAAAUUCCUCGUACAAAAAGUGGGUAAGUGUCCGGUAAAAAACCUUCUCGAGGGCAAAUGCGCAGCAAAUGUGACGCUGACCAGCUGUUUAGGCGAGAAGCAGAUUAAAUGUAAUCCAGAUUAUCCCUAUCGGACUUACGAUGGUACCUGUAAUAAUCUACAUCACGCUACAUGGGGUAGCCGUGGCCGACCUCUGAAACAUCCAAUCGCACCCUGUUACAGUGAUGUCGUGUCGAAGCCUGCACGGAGUAUUUUCAAUGCUCCUCUUCCACAGAACCGUAAGCUGGUUCGUGAGUUGGCAUCUACUCUCGAGAAAACUGGUGCAAGAUCGUCGGCCAAAAUCAGUAUGUUUCUAGUGUUUCUCUCAGAGCUAGUGAAUACGGACAUGAUCGGUAGAGCGACUAGAAGAGUUCGGAAUCCGACUGGUGGUUUUCGGGGUUGUACUGUCGAUGGAAGCGACCGUAGUGCCUGUGUGUCGACACUUUCGAAUCCACUGCGUGUGUUGCCGAAAGAUGAUUGCUUCGACCCAAUCGGUGUAGGAUGCCUCAACUUUAGUCCCCAGGAGAAGUCCAACGAUCAAUGUGAGCUUAAGCACGUAGGACAGCGUAACGCUGAGAGCAGCUAUUUAGAUCUUUCCAAUGUCUAUGGAACGCAGCCUUCCUAUGAUGCAAAUGGCAAACUUGAGUUGUUCACCUGUGGAGGUACGAAGCCUAUAGUGGAAUCAUCACCGAGUAGUGUACAGUUCUUUGCACUUGGUGGUCUCUUCGCUCAGCUUCAUAACUAUUGUGUAGAUCAAGUGCGAUCCUGUGGACAGUCAAAGGGACCGGUCGAGGAACGUUGCCGUGCAUUCACUAUAGGUGUAUAUCAGAAAAUAAUUUACGAGCAGCUUCUGCCCUUCCUGUUCGGUGAGCAGUUCUACGCUCAGUGUGGCUUCGAUUGUGAGUACAAUCCGGAAGUAGAAGCAUCCGUUUCGCAGCUAUACAAGAGCGCUGUGGGACGGUUCCAACACAUUUGGAUCCCAAAAACAUUGAACUACAUACCAAACGGUGAUCGAAGAUCACUACCGUUCCACGAGUUUUUCCAUAAUGAAGAGACAUUUGAUUGCAAUGGAAUAUUGGCCGGGGUAGUUGAAUCACCAAUCAGCAUUAACCGAUUCACGGACGAGUAUCAGUGUCUGUUUUACUCGGAGGAUGGCAAGCGUGGUACCUGUUUGGCUUGUAUCGAUUUGGCCCGGAAUCGAGAGGCGGGUCUUUGUCCGUUAUUGACAUACAAACAUUACAUCGAGGAGCUGUUUGGAGACAACGAUUCUAGCAAGUGUUAUUCUAAAUUCGAAGAUUUAGAGGAUAUCUUUCGUCCAGAGAUAAUUGAGUUAUUCGAAAACAUGUAUGAUUCUCCUGCCGACAUCGAUGCAUACUUUUGCAAUUUGGAUCGUCGAUUUCAUUCAGGAGCAUCACUGCCAAAGUUGGUAGCUCAAGCAACUUGCCUGGAAUUUAAGCGGCUAAAGUGCACUGAUCGAUUUUUCUACACUCGCAAUCCGAAUCUGGGUGAAGGGGCGCGGAAGUUGAUCACGAAUUUUGAUCUUACUGUGCUUUUAUCUCUCUUCACCAACCUACGCGAAGUUCCAAUUCAACCACUUGUUUCUGAUAGCACUAAGGUGGAGUCAGCACAGGUGCGAGCGUUUAGUACGGAUGGCGGGAGCCAGAAGCUUCCUUCCGAAGAUCUUUCUUCGAGCUGCGAAGCUCAUAGCACCAAACGUUCGCAUGAAACAAGCCCUCCUGCAAGGAAGAGCCUUCGUAAGCUCUCAGUAUCAUCCGGUUGA